AUGGAGCUUCCCAAAACUCAGAAGGCCGCUAUCAAGCAAGGCUCUGGCGACACCUCAACCAUCGUCGUCAAGGAGAUCCCCGUGCCACAACCAGGUCCCGAUCAGAUUCUGGUCAAGAUCAACUACAGCGGACUCUGUGCCUCGGACAAAUCUCUUCUGAAAGAUGAAUGGGGUAGUGGGUUUGGUAUGGCCCCUCAGACAGAGGGUAUCGCUGGCCAUGAAGGCGCAGGCGUAGUCGUAGCUGUCGGAAGCAACGUGCAAGACCUCUGGCAGAUAGGCAAUCGUGCGGGAAUCAAGUGGAUAGCGUCUAUCUGCCGGAGAUGUGAAUUCUGUACUAAUGGGUCAGACGAAUGUCACUGCCCUAAGCAAAUUAACUCCGGUUUGACGAUUCAAGGCACGUUCCAAGAAUAUGCUGUGACAGAUGCACACUACGCGACGCGCCUACCAGACGGCGUCAAAGACGAGGAGGCUGGUCCGAUCAUGUGCGGUGGUCUUACAGCCUAUGUUGCAUGCAAGAGGAGCAAAGUUCAGCCAGGACAAUGGAUCGUGAUCCCGGGCGCUGGAGGUGGUCUUGGACACUUCGGUGUGCAAUACGCGCGCGCUAUGGGGAUGCGUGUAAUUGCCAUUGACGGUGGGGACGCAAAACGCGAUCUCUGCCUCUCCCUCGGCGCAGAGAAAUUCAUUGACUUCACCACCACAGCCGACAUUCAAGCAGAGGUUAUGAAAAUCACAACAUAUGGUACGCAUGGCGUCAUUGUAUUCUCAGCUGCACGAGCGGGGUAUGAACAGGCGCCGCAUCUGCUCAGGCCGAACGGCACGAUGGUGUGCGUGGGACUGCCGAAUGAUAUGACUAUCGUUGCGGGCGCGCAUCCGAUCACUAUGGCCAUGAAGCGGUUGAAUGUUGUGGGCAGUGUAGUCGGAACAUUGAAGGAGGCUGAGGAGUGUCUCGACUUCACGGCACGAGGCCUUGUACAUCCAAUUCUCACCCAUGGUGGACUUGAGGAUAUCGACAAGUUCUGCAAGGAUAUGGAUUCUGGGAAGCUUAUUGGGCGAGCUGUCAUCAAGAUAGCAUCAUAA